AUGCUUCGACAACUUUCAAGAUCCACUCGUUAUCUCAAUUCCAGCGCUCAGCUGAGCUCUCGUCUCCACAACUGGCAAUCGGAUAAGCUGACGGAUAUCGGCACUGGAGUGAAUUAUGAUUCGGACAUGGAUAUUUUUCGGGAGCAGUGUCGAAAAUUCUGGGCUUCGAUUCCCCAAGAACGCGUCGAAAAAUGGGACAAUGAUCACCAACCGGACGCGGAAAUCUGGAAAGAAGCGGGAGCAGCCGGUCUGUUGUGCAUUGACUCUCCAGCAGAGUACGGCGGAAUCGGCGCGCAGUUCGAGUACUCGAUGGUCGCUUGCGAGGAACAGGCUUACGCCGGGCCGAAAUUUUACGGUCCAGGAUUUGGACUUCACUCUGGAAUCGUGGCGCCUUACAUAACCAGUUUCGGGACAGAGGAGCAAAAGCACAAGUACAUUCCAAGCAUGACUACUGGCGAGACCAUUUCCUGCAUCGGGAUGACGGAGCCUUCUGGAGGCUCUGAUCUUCAAGCAAUGAAGACAAACGCUGUCCGCGACGGAAACGACUGGAUUCUCAACGGUUCAAAAACCUUCAUUUCGAACGGAACACUCGCGAAUCUCGGCCUCAUCGCCGCCCGGACAAACAAAGAAGGAAAAGCCGCCCAUGGAAUCUCUCUCUUUCUCGUCGACACCAGGGAGCACAAAGGAUUUAAUAAGGGCAAAAACCUUCGGCAAGUUUUUUUUUUGAUAAAAAGUCGGCUGAGAAUUUUUUUUAGAAAAAUUGGGCAGCACACGUAUGACACUGCAGAGCUUUUUUUCGACAAUGUGCGGCUUCCGGCAAGUGCUCUUCUCGGCGAAGAAGAAGGGUUGAACAAGGGAUUUUACAUGAUGAUGAACGAGCUUCCACGCGAACGAGUUGGAUGCGCUUUGGAAGCCUGUGCUCGACUUGAAGGCGCUUUCGAACGAACUCGAGAGUACACGCUAGAGCGAAAAGCUUUCGGCAGCCCCCUUUCGCACAAGCAAGUGAUCAAGCACUCGAUGGCGGAAAUCAAGACAGAAAUCGUGACAGUGCGCCUUCUCGCGGACGAGUGCGUCCGACUCUACGCCAAAGGCGAGUUGGACAAUGAAACAGCGAGCAUGUUGAAGCUCUACGCCACGGAGAAAUACGUUUCCUGCGUUUCGAAAUUGCUGCAGCACUGGGGCGGCUGGGGAUACAUGUGGGAAUACGACAUCGCCAAAGAAUACGCCGGAGCGCGGGUGUUUUCGAUUUACGCUGGAACGUCGGAAAUCAUGAAGGAACUCAUUUCCAGAAAUAUUUACCCUCGAAAGUGA